GUUUUAUUUGUAAAUCAUCGCGAUGGAGUUACAACUUGUCUCUAUUCUUUUACUUGCAAUAACAACUGCUGUAAUUUCAACAUCAACUUCUAUACAGUCACCGGAUCAAUUCCACAAUUCACAACAGCCAUCAACUAAUAAUAGUAAUAAUAUUAAAAAUUUGGCACCUUAUUUAGUUAGUAUCAGAUUAAAUGAUGUCCAUAUAUGCAGCGGAAUAAUUAUUACCGAGUGGGACAUUUUAACAUCCGGACAGUGUGUCUAUUAUCCUUAUGCUUUACGCGGAUCAACUUAUCAGUUGGUUUCAAUUCACCUUGGAAGUACAAACCGGUACAGAAAUGGCUCAAUAUAUUAUGCUCAAUCUAUUAAAGUGUAUAGUUCAUUUUCAGCAAGACAUGGUCAAGUGCCAAACUAUGAUAUUGCAACAAUUCGUCUUUCGGAACGUAUUAUUUUUGAUGAGACUCGUGAUCGAGCUUGUGUAGGUGAAAGAAACACUUUGAAAUCAGCAAUGAUGGACAAGCAGGCGGUUGUCGCCGAGUGGAUUGACAACAAAAUCGAGACAUUGAAUAAUUUACAGUUAACUAAUUGGACUAUUAUUCCGGAUGAAGAGUGUAAUUAUCAUUAUUCAUCUAUGGGUCAAGUGACAAAUGGCGCUAAGAUUUGUGCAGUCAAUAUGGAUAGAGAUGGUGACGUAAAUAUGUGUCCUGGUGAUUUAGGGACUCCUCUGAUGGUCGAUGGUAAACUUUUUGGAUAUAAAUUGUGGCGAAAGGGUUGUGAUUCUCCCGAGUCACCGGUUGUUUUUCGAUAUAUUAUUCAUAAUCAAUAUUUAGAUUGGAUAAAAAGAAACAUUCGCGGAACUUUAUGCUAAUUUAGCUACAUACCCUAGUGGCAUUGCUUAAGACUUACCUUGCAGAGUUACAUAUAAAAGUUUCUAAAAAUGCUACUACGAAUAUUCCUGAUUAAAAAAAACAUUAUUCAAGACAAUUCAAUUUUAAUACU